UUAUCGGAAUACGGGUAGGGGGAGAAAAAAUCUCUGCUGGCUUGAGUGGAGCCGGCUGUCGUGUCCGGCGGAAUAAACUAAAGGGAUGUGGACAAAGCUCGGCGACAGCCAUUUGACAUGCUUGUUUAAGACGCUGUGGUAGAAAAGAGGACUGGAUGAGAAGCUGCUCUUGACUUUAGUUUAUGGCCGACUUACAGAUUUCCUGAAGUUCUGCUCCUCUAAACCUAUCAUGUAUCAUGAUACACAAUGGAAGGAGUUCAGCUUGAACGAAUUUACAUGAAACGAUAGCUUAUGAUUACAAGACAAGCCCCUCGUGGACUCUAGAGGCUAUUUUUGGUGAUGAGAGAAGCUGAGACGAUGUCGCAGGAGAAGAGGACACAAUUAUAGACUUCUAUCCUUAGACACUUUAGACAGAACAUGGACUGAAGACUUGUGUCCUGAGCUGCCCGAAGAGAUCUUCCUGCUUUUUUGACAUCUUUCUCCCAUAUUUAAAGAAGGAUUUUUGAACCGGCUCGCAGGAAUGGGUCCGUUCACAUCUCCUUUUCAUAACUUGCUGUGCAUGCUGCUGGGCAUCUCCUUCACUGUGUGGUUCACUUUGCUGCUGGUGUUCAUCAUCGUGCCCGCUAUAUUCGGCCUGUCCUUCGGCAUCCGGCGGCUAUACAUGAACGGCCUGCUCAAGGUGUUUGAGUGGGCCACCAUGCGGAUCGAGAGAGGAGCCAAGGAGAAAAAUCAUCUUGUGUAUAAACCCUAUACGAAUGGCAUAAUAGCCAAAGAGCCCACUUCUCUGGAAGAGGAGCUGAAAGAAAUCCGCCGUGUCGGCAGCAGCCGGGACCUGAGUGGCUGCUCCUCCUCUCCCGCAGGCUCCUCCCCUAACUCCUCAGAGUUUGCUGUGUCGGAUAUCUUUUAUUUCUGCCGGCGCGGCAUCGAGAGCAUCGUGGAUGAUGAAGUGACCAAACGUUUCUCUGCCGAGGAGCUCGAGUCCUGGAACCUGCUGACACGCAGCAACAACAACUUCAGACACAUUAGCACACGUCUCACAGCGCUCUGGGGGCUGGGGCUCAUCAUCCGCUACUGCAUCCUGCUGCCUCUCAGGUUGACACUCGCCAUCACAGGCGUGACGCUGUUGGUCAUCCUCACCACUUUAGUCGGAUUUCUGCCCAAUGGGAGGAUGAAGAAUUUUCUUAGCGAGAAAGUGCAUUUGAUGUGUUACCGAGUUUGUGUAAGAGGGCUUACCGCCAUCAUCACUUACCAUCACAGUGAGAAUAAGCCUAAGAACGGAGGAAUCUGUGUUGCCAACCACACGUCACCCAUUGACGUCCUGAUACUAGCCAGUGACGGCUGUUAUGCAAUGGUGGGACAGAUCCAUGGAGGUCUAAUGGGUGUCAUUCAGAGGUCCAUGGUAAAGGCUUGUCCACACAUCUGGUUUGAACGCUCCGAAGUCAAAGACCGCCAUCUUGUGGCUAAAAGGUUGAGCGAUCACGUCAAGGACAAAAGCAAACUUCCAAUCCUCAUCUUUCCUGAAGGGACCUGCAUCAACAACACGUCCGUGAUGAUGUUUAAGAAAGGAAGCUUUGAAAUCGCUUCAACAAUCUACCCGGUGGCCAUCAAGUAUGACCCACGCUUCGGGGACGCCUUCUGGAACAGCAGCAAAUUCGGCAUGGUGAAUUAUCUCCUCCACAUGAUGAGCAGCUGGGCCAUCGUCUGCAGCGUGUGGUACCUCCCCCCCAUGAGGCGACAGGAAGACGAGGACGCCGUGCAGUUCGCUAACCGAGUUAAAGCAGCUAUCGCCAGACAGGGCGGCCUGGUGGACCUGCUGUGGGACGGUGGCUUAAAGCGUGAAAAAGUGAAAGACACCUUUAAAGAAGAGCAACAGAAACUCUACAGCAAGAUUUUAGUGGGAACUCAUGAAGACCGCAGUCGCUCCUGAGGAAUAUAUAAAAAGAAAAGGAAUGUAAGAUGACUGGACAGGGAAGAAAUUGAGUCUUUGAAUCUUUAAAAACAAAAAAACAUCAGGAUGGGAUUGUGAGCCGCGUCUGUAGGUGGUAGACGUUGGUGGAUUUGAUUUUCAGCAGUCACUUCCUUCACUUAUUACGUUUGAGUCAACAAACACAACGUGAUGGCGAGGUUUAAUUUAAUAACGUAGCCACUUGGUAAGGUCUCGAAGCGCACAUUCUCGACGGCAAACCGGUUGCUAUCAACAUUCUCAAAAACAACAGGUUUUUUUUAAAAGCUUUUUUGUUUUUAGCACAUUUGCAUAUUAUUAUGAAAAUACUUCUAUGCGUUACAGUCAGGAUUUUUUUUGUUUUAUGUUUAUCUCUGCUGUGUGAAUACAUGGAUCCAACAAGAAAUCCAACUCAGAUAGGUCAAUUUUAGCUCAAGCAAAUGAGCUGAUAUGUUAUAUUAUUAUAAUAUACACCACAGUGGUGCAGAAUUCUCAGUUCUGAUUGGUCGAAAGUCAUUUGUGUUGAAUCACUAACAGCAGCCCCCGAUGGACGUCACGGCUAGAAAGCAACUCACAGGUUUAUAUGAUAUUAAUGCGCUUGUGUUAAUACCUCAUCGUUUCUAUAGUAACAGCUCAUUCACAGGGAUGCUCUAGUCUGUUCUUUUGGGAUUGAUAUGGAGACAUUUUCCUAAAGAGGUGUUUGUUUAACAUGUACAGGUGAAGUCUCCAGCAUCGGUCAGUAUUCUUUCCCAUCAUGGGUCAAACAAAAUAGCUAUCAUGAAAAGCUGUGUGUUUUGGCUUAUUAACUAUACAGGAAAGAAAAAAAAAAAAUCACUAUGUAGCUUUAACAGUAAGCCACAUUGUGUUUUUAUUCCUUACUUAACCAUUAUUCUUGGUUCAAGAAUAUUUUUGUGGAUACCGUGUCAUUAUAUAAUGUUCUCAUUCCCAUAUAGCUCUAGAAAUGGCAGGCUUUUUCAUUAUUAUUUCAUUGUUAUUUACUCCGGUGAACCCCUUUUCCAUGUAUCAGCCAGUAUGUUUUCCACCAUGGGUUGGAAAAAAAGGACUUUUUUGGGGGGCCAUGAAAAGCUGUGUGUUUUGGCUACACAACAGAUGCAGUGUGUAGACAUUAGACCGAAAAUCGCCGACUCGUCCUUGUAAAAAUCUGCACUUUUGUAGCCUAUCAAUAAAAGUCUUGGCAGGAAGUUCAAGGAGGCAGUCGCCCUCUCUCAAAUCGAGGAAAUGCGAUGCAAUUACAUGUUUUAAAUUCACUGAGAACUAGAAAUAGUCAGUGUUCAGGUCAGAUUCAGUCCUGAUGCCCUGAUUGAUGUCCUCGCACAUGUUAGCGUUCAGCUAAUGGGUCCAGAUUAGCUUCAACAUUAUAAAAUGUUCCCACAUUUUUUUUUUAAAUGUGCCCCUAAUCUAAAGUGCACUUAUUUAUAUGUAGUAAAGCCUCAACCACAUGAUAGUUUCGAGUUCAGCUCGAUGAAGAGGGCAGAAUGAAGAUCUCUGUGAAGCAGCAUGUGGAGAGGUCUAGUGAUCGUCUGAGGCGGGCUGAUUUUAAGAAUAUUUUGUAUAUUGAAAAUUUACUUGAUCCUAACAGAUGAAGGAAAGUGUAGGACACGUCUGUCUACCGGAAGCGAGUCAGUGGAAAGACUCUGGCCGCUGCCGGUGAGUGUAUUUUUGGGUCGGCUGCUUUAUUUGCAUCAGGCUGAAUCCUUCUCUCAAGUCAACUCUUACAUCUCUACCACCCAUUCCUCCUUCUGUCAUGUCUGUGGAUGAAACUGGUUAAUAAAAAAUGGACAAAAUUUACACGAGUCU